UUUUAAAACCCGCUUACAACAGCGUGGACAUGGCAGAGGUCGAGCUUGUGGAAGGUGACGACUUCCCGAGGAAUUUCAGCGAGCCGCUUUUGCAGUUCCGCAACGACGUCAUCAAUCAAAAGGACCACAGUGACGUGUACUUGUACACCAAGUACCAUUACGAAGGCAUGAAACGCGUUGGAAAGCUCAAGAGGAAGUACGACUCAGCACGAAUUCCGAACACGCCUUUCACAGUCGUCGUUAGUUUGCCAUUGUACAAGGACAACAACAAGGACGCCACUUAUCGCGUUCACGCGCCGAAAGAUGUUCGUCGGGCGAAUUUCGACAAGGGCGAGGCUCCAGAAAAAUAUUUCGAAGGUAAAAACUGGCGAGUGCAUCCAGACUGGCUGUACUGCAAAUCACUCCGCAAAGGUGCACACAAAUUAAGCAUAAGGACGAAACAGCUCAAACACUCCAUAAACAAACACUACAGGUCGUCAAUGAGAAACCCGUAAACACACAAAAUAUCCCAUUAUCGUAAUUUUUAAUUUCGAAAUCAUGCUUUUUUAUUAUUAUUAUUGUUAU